AAUUGGAUUGACAUAUCGAUAAGAUUGCGCUAUUUCAACAGCAUUCGACAUUGACGCUUUAAAAUUUUACAUUCGCAAAUAUAAUAUUAAAUAUUAAAAAAAGAUGGAUACAAUUCAAUCGGAUAGCAAUACUGAUGAGAACGAGCGCAUUAUAGAACUGCAGGAAUUAAUUGAUCAAAAUAUUCAGAUAGAAAAUCAGAUCGAGACCUGCACAUUUGGCGAAUCAAUAACUGCGCUUCAUGAUAUUAUGAGUAAAGCAAACGAUAUAGUCCAAGGAUACGAGGAACGCAGAACCAAUUCUAGGGAACUAGUGCUCGAUACUGAGCUACUCAGGCGCAAUCAUGAAGUUGUCGGCAAGGCCAUUCAAUAUAAUACGAAUUUUACGGACCGAAUGUUUUGUACUGCAGUUAAUAAUCUCGUUUUCAAAGACAACGUAGAAAAUUGGGAUGCACUGUGCACCCUCGCUUGCCAAUUUGGAAGACCGCUCUUUACAAGCGCAUCAAUGCUGUCCUUUAUUGAUGCUAAGCCCAAGGAAGCUGUUCCCAAGCAACGAGUCGCACGCAAAAGCACGAAAAAUAUUGAAGAAAAACGUCCUGAUGAAAGCGAUAAACUUGAACGAAAGUCCAAAGGCGAAGGCUCAGCGGCUGUGAGACGAGUUAUGAAACAAGUUAAGCACAUCUACAGUAGUGGAAACAACGAACCAAUACCAUAUUUUAAGCUCAUUUGUAAUCCGCACAAUUUUAUGGAUACCGUGCAGAAUUCUCUAAUCAUUUCGAUUCUGGUGAAAGAAAAUAUGAUUUCAAUUGAGAAUGGCAAUGAUGGAUUGCCUUACGUGACAGUCAAUUCGAUGCCAAAAGAGAGCUCAACUCAGGAUUCAAGUCAAGCCAUUUGUGGCCUAAAUGAUGAGCUUUGCAAGAAGUACGUCAAGCAUUAUAAUAUUAAGGAGCCAAUGCUGAAUCGCGGAAAACUAGAUGAACACUAAUAAAACUGUAAAAUAAAGAUAACUAUAUAAUUAAAAUUAGUAU